GGUGACCUUUACACUGCUAGCUUAUUGAGCUACUGGUGACCUUUACACUGCUAGCUUAUUGAGCUACUGGUGACCUCUGACACUUAGCUUAUUGAGCUACUGGUGAUCUUUGCCACUGCUAGCUUAUUGAGCUACGUGUUUCCUGGUGUUGACUUGUAUCUUCUCGUGUGGAUGUUUGAUGUGAUCGUGAGGACUUCUGAUCCUGCAAACAUUCCUGGUUCAAAUGUCUCCCGUUUGAAUGGAAUCUCCAACUAAAUGGAAUAUUUUCAUCUUUUUAUGACUCAGUUCUUCUUUCAGGACAUUCUUCUCAGCCACGUCGGCCUUUUUGGAUGUUUUGGAAGAGAUCCAUUUCAAAGUGGAUUAUUUUGGUUCUGAUGCGGCCCAGCCCGUCAUGUGCCGUCUGAUUGGUUAGAGGCCCAUCAGCACUGAAACACACACGUGCUGGAGAGGAGACCAACGUUUCAUCCCAGUUUCGUUGGUUUCAUCCCAUUUCACAAUGUCAGCAUUCAUGUGCUCACACGACAAGCAACGAAUUCAUGUCCUGGUGACAUCCAACAGUAAAAAGGUGGUGGUGAUGUGUUUAUGGAACACGGUCAGCACGUUUCCAAUGUCUUCAUGAGCACCAUUUGGAAAGGGAAGUGGAAAUGAUUGUUGUGAACGUGCAGGUUUCCUUCCAUUGUCAAUGAUUGCAGUCCAGCUGUGGAUGGAUGGAUGAGUUCAUGUGCUGACAUGUGGAUGAUUGAUCUCAUGGCAUUUGUCUUCCACAUUCACGUCAACAAGCAAUGACUUGGCUUCUCGACCACAUGGACGCUAACGUCUUUGAUGAAGCAAGUCAUGUUUGUAGUUGCAUCGCAUAGAAUGAAACAUUAGAAUUGGACAGGAAGAACAAUCCAGCUAGCAAACAUCCAACUUUGGAACAAACCUUUCUUAUUCCUUCUUUGCGUUUGCUCUGAAAACACGGUGGGAAAGUAGGAGCGCUUCUUUUUCACUUUGGGCUUUCAUGUCAAACACCGAUAAACGAGUCACACGCCGAGUCGUCCGUGACCCCUUUUGUCCCUUUUGCUACCGUGCUGGAAAUUGGAAAAACAAUUUGUUCUGUUUUUGUUGUUUAGUUUGAGUCUCUGGAAAUAAAUGUUGAAAAAACAAGUCAUUCAUGUCGGCUUUAUUUUGAAAAGGAAUGAACGGAUGACACACGGAUUCAUCCCUUUUGUCCAUUUUUCCGAAUGUGUCCAAAAUAGAACACUGGAAAAAUGAUUUGUUGUCCGUUUCUUUGUUUUGCUCUGAAAAGAAGUCUUGAAAAAACAGGCCUUAUUUUGUUUUUCUUUGUUUGCUUUUAAUGUGAAAAGCCAAUAAAGGAAUGACGGGUGGAUUCGUCCUUGAUCCGUUUUGUCCGUUUUAUAACCGUGCUUGUCCAGCGUUUCUUUGUCUUUGUGAGAAAAGCAAAGGAGUUUUUAUUUGUGUGCUGGUGGCCAAGAAGCCUUCAAAGAGCAUCUCAGCACUCAAAGCACUCGGCUGCCUUGUGAUGGCAUCACGUGGCGUUGCUGGAAAUGAUGCGGGACGAUGAAGCCUAUAAAAGGGACGUCACCGUCAGACACUCACUCUACUUCCGCCUGGAAGAGACCGACAUCUCCGUUCUUCACGACCGAUCAUCCAACCGUCCUUCCUUCUUCCAGCCCGUUUGGUUCUGAGACGACUCUUCAGCGGACAAGAUGAGAAUGAUCCUUCUGCUGGUGCAGCUGGCCACCUGCUGUGCCAUCGGCUCAGCUAUCAAGUGCUAUCAAUGUAACCUUGGAGCGUCCUACUUCACCCGCUGGGACUGGAGUGCUAAAUGUACCCUCACCCCAUGUCCAGCAGGAGAGCAGUGCUUCAUCACCAAAGAUCAGAGCCAGGUCACCUAUAAAAUGGGCUGCAAGGCUGAUUGUGAAGAUGAUGAUUACACUAAGUGCUGUGACUCUGAUGGAUGCAACAACUGGCUGGACGUGGCUGAUGAUGCAAACCAACGGACUGCUGUCAGCACAGCAUGCAACAAGGCCAACAAUGAUGUCAAACAGUGCCUGGAUGCCAUCAUUAAGACCAAGACUCCCAGCUGCUAUUCAUGCUCUGAUCCCCUUGGAGCGAACUACUUCACCAGCUGGGACUGGAGUGCUCAAUGUACCCUCACCCCAUGUAAAGCAGGAGAUCAGUGCUCCAUUACUAAAGUGUCAGGCGCCUACCAGGUGGGCUGCAAGACUGGUUGUAAAGAUGAUGCUAACACUAAGUGCUGUGAUGCUAAUGGAUGCAACAACUGGCUGAACGUGGGCGAGGAUGCUAAUCCAUGGAAGAAGGUGGAGGCCAUCAAGGCAGCUUGCAGCCCCUCCAGCAACGACCCCAAAGACUGCCUGAAAGCCAUCGACCCAAACCUCAUCAGUGGUGGGGGGGGGCUGGCUGGUGCUUUGGGCCUGCCUUUGGUCUUGGCCAUCAGCGUGAUUGUGUUGGUGGUACUGGGCUAACCCCCCCAUGCAGCCCCCCCCCAGCCAUCAGCGUGAUUGUGUUGGUGGUACUGGGCUAACCCCCCAUGCAGCCCCCCCCAGCCAUCAGCGUGAUUAUGUUGGUGGUACUGGGCUAACCCCCCAUGCAGCCCUCCCCCCCUUUUCCUCUUUCACAUGAAAAGGCUAAAAAAAGAAAAGAAAUAAUCCAACAAAGCCACUUUCCAUCAACCUGACCUGAUGUGAUGUUUGCACCCCCCCACAUGACCAGUCCUCCCUUGCUGUUACACUCGGGGGUGUCGCAUGUGCGGCCCCGGGGCCCAUGAAGGUCUUAAUAUGAGCAAAGUGUCAUUCAUUGGAAAAGUGUCAUCAAAUUGGGGGGGGCACAAGAAAUUGUUGGACCGGAAGAAAAUGUCAGAAGAAAGUUGAAGUGGUUGGAAAAUAAAAAUAAAACCAAUAAAAAGCUGUGAUGUGCAAAUGAACGAGUUGUUAAACGUCAUGAAUGCAUGAUUGUACAAUGAAUGCAUGGUUGUACAAUGAAUGCAUGGUUGUACAAUGAAUGCAAACCACAAGUAUCAUUCUUGUCCAAAAGGAUGGAAAAGGCAACAUGAGAAGGAAAUGAACAAGAUGACUUUAAUGACUGGAAAACAUCAUUUUCAUCAAUAAACUCA